GAGAAUUAAAUCCCAUCUCUGUUUCACCAUAUCAAAGAAGAGAAAACAGACCCAUAAGAUCUUCAAUAUAUAUUCAAAAAAAUGGGUGGGUUAAGAUUGAUUGCAUCAGAUUUUAUGAUGUGCUUUAUGUGGCCAUGGUCAAGCAUUCUCAUAAAGAUUUUUGUACACAAGCCAUUAGGGUUAGGUUUUGAAACCAAAGAUGAAAUCAUUAAGUGUGCUAUCUCUGUUAUUAACAUGUUUUUCUUUGCAUGGUUGGGUAUGCUCACCAAGGGUGGGGCCUACAAUCCCCUCAUGGUACUUGUUCCUGCAUUGUCUGGUGAUUCCUCUACUUUUCUAUAUACAGUUGGUGCAAGAAUUCCUGCCCAGAUUAUUGGAUCAAUUACCGGAGUUAGCUACAUCAUUAGAACAUUUCCUGAAUUAGGACACAGAUCGCCUCUAAAUGUUGACAUCCAUCAAGGAGCACUAACAGAAGGAUUUCUUGCAUUUGUGAUUGUCCUGCUUUCACUUAGCCUUGCUGCUAAGAUUCCUGGAAGCUUCUUCAGGAAAACAUGGAUCUCCAGUAUUUCAAAGAUCGCUCUACAUAUAGUUUUCUCAGAUCUUACUGGUGGAUAUAUAAAUCCAGCAUCUGUUAUCGGAUGGGAUUAUGCUAGCGGCACACAUUUAUCAAAGGAGCAUCUUCUUGUUUACUGGAUCGCUCCGAUCGGGGGAACUUUACUUGCAGUACGGGUCUUUAGGGUGGUUGUCCGGCCACUGUUACGGGACAAUGCAAAGGCAAACGUUAAGAAAUCUGACUAAAAGGUAUCCGUCCAUAAUUAUGUUUUAAUUUUUAGGAUAAGUGUAAGCUGUUUUUAGAAUUUUUCAUGUCUAAGUUUAAGUAUAAGUUAUAGUCAAGUAUAAGUUUUAUUUCAAAAUGUAACGCCAAUAGAUGGUCAAUGUACAAGAUGUUACAAACUCAGCAUGCAUUUGAUCAAAAAUCGCAGCAAAGCGUAAAAAGACAGAGCUCAAGUUAAAGCCAUUUCAACUGACAAUUCUGAUGUCAUUCGAACCCUUAUGAAUGCAAAUGGCAACUUCCUCAUUGCUCUGUAUGCACCAGCCGGGAAUCGAACCCGGGUCUGUACCGUGGCAGGGUACUAUUCUACCACUAGACCACUGGUGCUGUUGAGAAAUAUGUC